CGCAUGCGCUCGUUUUGGAUCGCAGAAAAUUGUCCCUCUGUAGCCACCGUAUGUCACCCCAGUCAGUGCCAUUAAACUUUGAAAGGCUAGCACAGGAAACAACCGCAGCUAUCAGGUUUUGAGGAUUUUAAUUGGCAUCAACUGCCGAUUUCUCUUCGCCUGUCAACAUGGUCAACGUACACAAAGGUGUCCUUGUUGAAUGUGAUCCUGCCAUGAAACAGUUCCUCCUCUAUCUAGAUGAAAAAAUGGCCCUGGGAAAGAAGUUCAUCCUCAAGGACCUUGACGAUACACACCUCUUCAUCCUGGCGGAGGUGGUUCACACCCUUCAGGAGAGAGUUGGCGAGUUGAUGGACCAGAAUUCAUUCCCUUUUACACAAAAAUAACACUAAACUUUUUCAAAUGACUCUUUGUUGUUGGACUUUGGACUGUUUACGAGUUUGGCUUAAUAUGAACCUGGUUUGUAAUGUUUUAACUACAGACUGAAAUGGAGCUAUUGUCCGAUUUUUGUUACAUUGAUGUUAAAAAAUUAAUAAAAAAAAAAAAAGCACAUUUUGCUCCUUGGUUGCACAGUGUGUGUGUUGGCUCAAUUUGUCUUUUAAUUGUGUUCAUUAUACAAUUUGUCAAAUGUAUUCAUGGAGUUGAACAGCAGUGACAACCAGAGAACCAAAAUAACCAAUUUGUUAAGUGUUUAACCCAGAAAUAUCACUUAAUGUAGGUUUGAUGAAUGUAAUAAAUGCCAUGUUCUUACUUUUUAAUAAAUGAUUGAAGAAUAUAA